UUUAUAGUUCGGCACACUGUGACCUGACAGUGUUCUGUCAGGGUCUCUCUGAGGAGCCUCCUCCCCUCCUCUUGAGAGGCCUAUAUUUAGUUUCAGCCAGCAACAGGAUUCACUGACUGUGUGAGUGCUGGUGUGAAAGGCUGCUGACUGUACAUGAGCAGUGACAACAUUUCCAGGAAAUAAAGGAACUAAAAGUGAUUUCAAGCGUCAGGGAGGACACACAGGAAGUUUUUUUUCUCUAUUUUGCAAGUUUAUGCUCUGUUUCUGCGAAUAAGAACUCUCUGUUUUUUUUAUUUUUUAACCUGAUUUUGAAACAGGAACACCAAAGGCUGAGGCGUUCACAGAAAAGAUGGGGGACAAGAAACGUAGAGUGCCUCUUGUUGAGGAAAUGAAGGUGAAAGUGCUUUUUGAAAAUGAAGCAUCAUUCGGGCCUGAUGAGAAAUCUGACUACCCUCCUGCUGGGACAAACUCCAUCUACUCUGCCAUUCUGAGCAGAAAUGAAGCUGUCAAGGAUGCAAAGCGUCUUAAAACUUUCCUGGAACUGCGAGACAAAUAUGCAAAGAAGAAGGUGGUGUUUGAAGACCCCUUGUUCCCUGCAAAUGACUCCUCUCUCUUCUACAGCCACAAACCUUUGAUGAAGAUUCAGUGGAAACGUCCAUCGGAAAUUUGUGAAAACCCCCAGUUCAUUGUGGACGGAGCCAACAGGACAGACAUCUGUCAGGGAGAAUUGGGUGACUGCUGGCUGCUGGCUGCCAUCGCCUGUCUGACAGUGAACGAGAAGCUGCUGUACCGAGUGAUUCCCCCAGACCAGAGCUUCACUGAAAACUAUGCCGGCAUCUUCCAUUUCCAGUUCUGGCGUUAUGGAGAAUGGAUCGACGUGGUCGUGGACGACCGCAUCCCCACCUGCAACAACCAGCUGGUUUUCACCAAAUCUUUCAGAAAGAACGAGUUCUGGAGCGCUCUGUUGGAAAAAGCUUAUGCAAAGUUGCACGGCUCCUAUGAGGCACUCAAAGGGGGCAACACUCUGGAAGCCAUGGAGGAUUUCACAGGAGGAGUUACUGAGUUCUUCGAGUUGUCCGAGGCGCCAACCGACCUCUACAGCAUCAUGAGGAAGGCGCUGGAGAGAGGCUCGCUGAUGGGCUGCUCCAUAGAUAUUUUUUCAGCUGCUGAAAUGGAGAGUCGGACUGAUCAUGGGCUGGUCAGAGGUCAUGCCUACUCCAUCAUUGGCCUGGCAGAGUGUGACGAGGUUGCAAAGGACACCAGAAUUCGCCUAAUUCGCUUGCGCAAUCCGUGGGGCUGGGUUCUGUGGAAGGGACCAUGGAGCGCAGAUUCAAAGGAAUGGUCGACCAUUUCCACCGCAGACAGAGACAACCUGAAGAAACAGACUGUCGAGGCGAGUGAGUUCUGGAUGUCUUUUAAUGAUUUCAAGAGAAACUUCACAAAGUUGGAGAUGUGUAACCUGACCCCGGACACCCUGAUGGGUGAUGAAAGGAAAAGCUGGACCGUGUCGGUCAAUGAGGGUCGCUGGGUGAGGGGCAGCUCUGCUGGAGGCUGCAGGAACUUCCCAAAUACAUUCUGGACGAACCCUCAGUAUCGGCUGCAGCUGUACGAGGAGGAUGACGACCCUGAGGACGGGCAGGAGGCCUGCACGGUCGUCGUGGCUCUGAUGCAGAAAGGUCGGAGGAUGCAGCGCCAUCAAGGGGCCAAAUUCCUCACCAUCGGGUUUUCCAUUUACGAGGUGCCGAAGGAGAUGUGUGGAAAGGAUCAACACCUGCAGAAGGACUUCUUCUUGUACACAGCCUCCAAAGCUAAAUGCAAGACCUACAUUAAUCUGCGGGAGGUGACGGAGCGUUUCCAUCUGCCUGCAGGAGAGUACGUCAUCAUUCCCACCACCUUUGAUGCCCAUCAGGAGGGAGAGUUCAUCCUCAGGGUCUUCUCUGAGAAGAAGAGCACGUCUGAGGAGGCCGAGAACACGAUCCAGCCUAUUGUAUUUGUGUCAGACAGAGCACGAGCCAACAAAGAAAUCGAGCAUGACGGCAUUCAGGGGGAAAGGAAGAAGAAGCCAAAGCGUAAACUACUGGAACCUGAGGAGGAGACUGAAGAGGAAAAACAGUUCAGAGCCAUUUACAGACAGAUUGCUGGUGAGGACAUGCAGAUCUGUGCCAACGAACUCAAGAUGAUCAUGAGAAACGUACUCACCAAACAUAAUGACAUAAAGACGGAAGGUUUCAGCCUUGAGACGUGUCGGAGUAUGAUCGCCUUGAUGGAUACUGAUGGAACAGGAAAACUGAACCUGCAGGAGUUCAAACACUUGUGGAAGAAGAUCAAGGAGUGGCAGCUGGUCUUCAAACGAUACGAUAAAGAUAAAUCCGGCUCCAUCAGCAGUUUUGAGAUGAGGAACGCUGUUAAUGAUGCAGGGUUUCAGCUCAACAAACAGCUGUAUGACAUCAUAGCGAUGCGCUAUGCAGACGAACAUCUGGACAUCGACUUUGACAGUUACAUCUGCUGUUUUGUGAGACUAGAGGGCAUGUUCAGAGCUUUUAAUGCUUUUGACAAAGAUGGAGAUGGGGUAAUCAAGCUCAAUGUCCUGGAGUGGCUUCAGCUUACCAUGUACUCUUGAGUCACCUUCUUGUUGUAGCUGCAGACGGUCGGAGCUCUCGUUCAUGACUCAACUCUCCUGGACAGUUACUUCAUUUUCUUACACAUUAUUGAACAAAAUGUAUGUAAUUUAAUUUUGCACAAGUGCGAUUACUGCUAAGUCUUGAAGUGGAAAUGAGAGGUUUUGCUUAUUUCUCCUCUUAUAUGUGAAAUUUAGAUUUUUCUCAUUAUGAAACUAUGAUGGUUCAGAUUUUAUUUUAGCUUAUCUUAACCUGUUAGCGUUCCUAUGUCCCGCCCAUAAUUAAUAAUAUGAUAAUUAUAAAAACCUGUGUAAAAUAGUCAUUUUUUGAGAUAUCUUCAUCAAAUUUGAACUGGGAGUAGGUAAUGUUUUAUACUUUGACCCUAUUGUGUUUUCCAGCAAAUGUUAAGUGUGUUUCAACUUCCAUCACUCAAUAUCAGUAGCACUUACAGCUUUUCUGACUCCUUGGGAAUAAACUCCAGUGUUACCUUUCAAAUGUGACCAAAACCAGAUUUAUUCCAAACUAUUCAAGAACAGCUUUCAAUUUACAUUUUCAAUUGUUUUCGCCAUUUUAAGGUUAAUUUGCAGGAACGCUAAGGGGAUAAAGUGACUGACAUCCCAUUCCUGAAACAUCUAAUUUUUUUUCUAGAUUUUGCAGUGCUGAUGAGUGAUAAAUGCUGAACUCUGUGUAAUCUGAUAAUCAUGUUACAUUAGCGUUUGCCACGAAGUGGCGAUGGAAAAAAAACCCACCCUUGAAUAUGAAGACUGAAUUAAUUAAGUUUGACAGAUCUUUUGUGAAUGUGCUGUAUAUUGUUUUUUAAUAUAGCAGAGGUGAACACUGUAAAUGAUAUUUGUAUUUUUAUUGCUGUACACAUACAGUAGGUAUUCAACACAAUCAAACACACACUGUACAGUAUAACAUACAAAAAAUUAAGGCAUGACUUUGACAACAUUGUACGAAGUUACUCUGGGGACAGUUUGGUCGGAAAACUUCCACUACGACUUCUUCUAAUGCCCAAAACGAAUGUUCAAACAUGUUGUACAAAGUGAUACAGGGAACGAAUACUAAGCCUCGAAUAAUUCUCUCCAGUAAAUGUGAAGAUGUAAAAGUUAUAAAUUAAAUAGAUGGUUUAUAUAUGUAAGGAUGAAAAACAUAUUUAAAAAAAAAAAAACUCCUCAGUGUACAGGAGGAAUUCAAGUGUGACAGGAGACAACAGUCUGAGCCAGGAAGUUACUAAGGAUACAUUGAUA